UUCAAACAUCAGGCUUUUGUAUUAACAUCUGCGUGCAGACGAUCAAACGUACAAAAAAAGUCAAAAUUGAUUUUAGUUUAAUUCACAUUGUAAGCGACCGAAUUUUAUAAAAAGAACGUAUAAAAAUUAUGUGUAUCAUUGAAAACAUUUGUAUCGUAAAUUAAUAUUUUUGUAUAAGAAAAAAAUUGUUCAAAUUUUGUGAGAUAAACAAAAUAAAAAAUCGGUGAAUAUUUGGCGCAUCGCAAAACAUACGCAAAAUCCGUGCAUACCGAUACACAGAAGAGAGAUAGAGUCACAGUUUUGCCGCAUAACGCCAAUCGAAGAACACAAUGAGCAAAGAAAUUUACUACUCAGACAAAUACUUCGAUGACGAAUACGAAUACCGACACGUCGUGCUGCCGAAGGAACUGGUUCGUUUGGUACCAAAAUCACAUCUGAUGACAGAGACAGAAUGGCGAUCAAUUGGUGUACAACAAUCGCGCGGUUGGGUCCACUACAUGAUUCACACACCAGAACCACAUAUUCUCCUGUUUCGGCGUCCACUGAGCAAAACAGCCUAGAGUUCCAAAAUAAAACUCUAUUCAUCCAGCUCAAUCACCAUGAAUAUUAUUUUUAAUAAACGGAUAAUAUCAUAAGAAUUAAAUCGUCGAUUGCAUAAAAAAUUCCUGUGAAUUAUACAUACAUUAUAAGUGGAAAUUUUUUUUUACUCAAUAAAUAAAAAAAAAUACUAUGUUAAUAGAAAUAGCAACUAAA